AUGGACUUAGCAAGUCAGGCUCAUGUGCUGGUGGUCUUGCUCACCUGCAUGGUCUUGCUAUGCCUGGCCCAGGAGAGGGACUACACGGUGAAGGAGGAGCAGCCAGAGAACGUCCGUAUUGGGAACCUGCGCAAGGACCUAGACCUCAACCUAGACCCCAACAUUAGGUUAUCCUCGCCGCUGCAGUUCAAGCCUGUGUACAAGACAGGUGACGUGCCUUUGGUGAGGGUUGAGGCCAACACGGGGGAGAUCUUUACCACCAAUCACAGAAUCGACAGAGAGAAGCUAUGCUCGGGCGUCUUCGCUGAGAAACGCUGCUACUAUGAGAUUGAGGUGGCCGUGCUACCCGAUGAGAUCUUCCGAUUGGUCAAGAUUCGUUUCUUGAUAGAGGAUGUGAAUGACAACGCGCCCCUUUUCCAGUCCACUGUAAUAAACAUCUCCAUCCCAGAGAACACAGCCAUCAAUACCCGGUAUCCAGUGCCCUCAGCGUUUGACCCUGAUGUAGGGAUCAAUGGAAUCCAACAUUAUGAACUAGUCAAGAGUGUCAGCGAGUUUGGCUUAGACAUCAUCGAGACUCCUGAGGGUGACAAGUGGCCACAGCUAAUUGUUCAGCAGAACCUGGAUCGUGAGCAGAAGGACACCUUUGUCAUGAAGAUAAAGGUGGAGGAUGGUGGCAACCCUCCCAAGUCCAGCACUGCCAUUCUUCAAGUAACCAUCUCUGAUGUCAAUGACAAUCGUCCCAUCUUUAAGGACAGUGAGCUGGAGAUCACAGUACCCGAGAAUGCCCCCAUGGGGACAUCAGUUGUUCAGCUCCAUGCCACAGAUGCAGACCUUGGUUCUAACGCACAGAUUCAUUUUGCCUUCAGCAACCAGAUCUCUGCCUCAACAAGACGGCACUUUGCCAUUGACAGCUCUACAGGACUGAUCACUGUAAAGCAGCCACUGGACAGGGAGCAAACGCCUGUCCACAAACUCAUCAUUCUGGCAAGUGAUGGCAGCUCCACCCCCUCCAGAGCCACAGUGAUUGUUAAUGUAACAGAUGUUAAUGACAAUGUUCCCUCCAUAGACACUCGUUACAUUAUCAACCUGGUUAAUGGGACUGUUCUGCUGUCUGAGAAUGCACCUCUCAACACCAAAAUAGCUCUAAUUACUGUUACUGACAAGGACGCAGAUCUCUAUGGCAAAGUAGCUUGCUACACUGACCAUGAUGUUCCUUUUCGGUUGAAGCCUGUCUUUAAUGAUCAAUUCUUACUAGAGACAGCUGCCCCCCUAGAUUAUGAGACUACGCGAGAAUAUGCAAUUAAGAUAGUGGCCUCGGAUAGGGGGACGCCUCCUUUGAACACUUCAGCUAUGGUUUUAAUUAAAAUCAAGGAUGAGAACGACAAUGCACCCAUCUUUCCCCAGCCGGAAAUCCAACUUUCCAUACCGGAGAAUAAUGACCCUUCCACACAGUUAAUAAAAAUCAGCGCCACUGACGCAGACAGUGGACAUAAUGCUGAGAUCAUUUAUACUCUCGGCCCUGAUGCGCCUGAUGGGUUCAACAUAGACAGACGUUCAGGAAUCCUCUCUGUUGGCAAACGACUGGACAGAGAGAAGCAGGAGAGGUAUUCAUUCACUGUCAUAGCAAGGGACAAUGGUUCCACAUCCCUGCAGAGCAAUGUCACUGUCAGGCUAAUCGUCCAGGACCUCAAUGACAACAGCCCAGCUUUCACACACCCUGAAUAUAACUUCUAUGUGCCUGAGAACCUGCCUCUCUAUGGAACUGUGGGCUUAAUCACAGUCACAGACGCAGAUGCAGGAGAUAAUGCUGUUAUAACCUUGUCCAUUUUGAAUGGGAAAGAUAAUUUCAUCAUCGACCCCCAGACUGGUGUGAUCAAACCCAAUAUCACUUUUGAUAGGGAGCAGCAAAGCUCAUACACAUUUAUGGUCAAGGCAGUUGAUGGAGGUCAACCUCCGAGCUCUUCCUACGCCAAGGUCACUAUAAAUGUAGUUGAUGUGAACGACAAUCGCCCUGUGUUCGUCAUCCCAUCCUCCAAUUAUUCAUAUGACCUAGUGCGGACCACCACCACCCCUGGUGCUGUGGUCACAAGAGUCUUUGCCAUUGACAAUGACACAGGUAUGAAUGCUGAGCUGCAGUAUAGUAUUAUCAGCAGCAUCAUCAUCACGUCUAGGGUCUCCCCUCGAGGUCUCUUCACCAUUGACAAAACAACGGGUAACAUAACACUGCAGGAGAAAAUUUUGGCGGCUGAUCAGGGGCUACAUAGACUGGUCGUCAAGGUCAAGGAUCUAGGCCAGCCUGAGUCAUUACAUGCUAUUGCACUUAUUCACUUGUUUGUCAAUGACACUGUCUCAAAUGCUACCUUUAUCCAAGAGCAGCUGCGAAAAAGUAUGGAGACACCCUUGGACCGUAACAUAGGGGACAGUGAGGUAACACCUCAAGCUAAUGGAUAUGUGAUUGUCGUCAUAGCUAUCAUAGCAGGGACCAUGACUGUCAUCUUGGUAAUAUUUGUGACUGCCUUGGUGCGUUGCCGGCAGACACCCAGGCACAAAGUGGUACAGAAGGGCAAGCAGAGUGGUGAAUGGGUGUCGCCAAACCAAGAGAACCGUCAGAUCAAGAAGAAGAAGAAGAGAAAGAAGCGAUCACCCAAGAACCUCCUCCUGAACUUUGUGACCAUAGAUGAAUCCAAGCCUGACGACCCCACCCAUGAGCAUGUUAAUGGUACAUUGGAUCUCCCUGUGGAGCUAGAGGAGCAAACCAUGGGGAAGUACAACUGGGCUACCACGCCCACCACCUUCAAACCUGACAGCCCAGACUUAGCCAAGCAUUACAAGUCUGCAUCCCCUCAACCUACAUUUCAAAUUAAACCGGAAACUCCAGUGGCCCCAAAGAAACACCAUGUGAUCCAGGAGCUCCCCUUGGACAACACAUUCGUGGUGGGCUGUGACUCACUCUCCAAGUGCUCAUCGACUAGCUCCGACCCAUACAGUGUCUCAGAGUGCAGCUGUCAGGGGGGAUUCAAGACUGCGGGGCAAAUCACCACCCGACAGAAUCUGAGCCAGACACCGGAGAAGUCUUUUAACUCACCGCCCCCCAUUUGUCCUCAUAAGGAGGCCUGUCAACUUGGCAAGAUAACCUCUGUGAAUACCCAGCGCCGUGUGACGUUCCAUCUUCCAGACGGUUCCCAGGAGAGCUGCAGUGACAGCGGGCUAGGAGACCCAGAGCCUAGCAGCACUGCCAGCACCACCCAGCCUCUUCCCCUCAGCUUCCCCCAGGAGGAGUUCUAUGAGCAAACAUCACCUAACAGCCGCACUGAGGGAGACGGAAACUCAGACCCUGAAUCCACUAUCGAGGUGAACCUGCAGAAAGCUUUGGCUGAGGCCUCUGAGACCUGUACCCAGGAGUGUCUGAUACUGGGCCACUCUGACAGCUGUUGGAUGCCCCCAGCCCUGGCCCAGUUCCAGAGUCCUGGCAGCAACAGCCCCGCCUCCACCCCUACCACCACUGCCAUCUCUGGUACGCUCCCCUCCUUUGGCUUUCAGCAGAGCUGUACCCGUGGAUCCAAAGCUAACAUGGGCUGCAUGGGGAUCAUGGAUGGUCGCCAUACCCUGGGCAGGUCUGUGCCUAAAAGAGAUGAACUGGACAAAGGGAUCAACCGGCCACAGUUCUACAACACCCUGGACAGACACUGCAGUAGUAAGAAGGAGGAUCCCGUCAAGGUCAUCCCCCUGGCAAGCUUCUCCUCCCCUGGGCAGCAGACGCCUACCGGUGGGGGCAGCAGCUCCUUCUUACAUGAGCAUCAGUUGUAA